UUAGGAUACUAACAAUUAAUAUUUCCCUUUAUUACACCUCCAAACAUCUGCAUUUCAUUCCUUUGCUUCAUUGGGCUUUGUUGUAAAGUUGUGUGUCCAAUACAGCGCUGAUGUCACCUAUAGCAACUUGUGAUGAUGUGUAGGUUUUACUGAUGCCCUGCAGGUAAUGUAGUCUCUUCUGUUCUCUCCUACAGGAUGCCUCCAUUGCCCAUCGCUUUCAUCUGAUGCGGGAAAAGCACCCUGAGAAGUUCAACAGCAGAAUGAAGAACAAGCUCUGGUACUUUGAGUUUGGCACCACUGAGACCAUAUCUGCCACCUGCAAGAAACUUAAUGAAUGCAUAGAAGUCGAGUGUGAUGGGAUCAUCUUGGAUCUCAGCAACACCUCCUUAGAGGGCAUUGCUGUGCUCAACAUUCCCAGCAUGCAUGGUGGCUCCAACCUGUGGGGCGAGUCGAAGAAAAGGAGGAACUACAACCGCAUGAGCAAGAAGGUUCCUGACAGGAUGCAAGCCAGCACUGUCACAGAUGCUAAAGAGCUCAAAUUUUGCGUGCAAGAUCUCAGUGAUCAGCUAUUGGAGGUUGUUGGCCUUGAAGGGGCAAUAGAGAUGGGGCAGAUCUACACUGGACUGAAGAGUGCAGGACGCAGACUGGCUCAGUGUGCCAACGUCACCAUCAGGACGUCCCGUCGGCUGCCCAUGCAGAUAGAUGGAGAGCCCUGGAUGCAGCCCCCCUGCACAGUAAGAGUUAAAUCAGAAUCACUGCCCCCAUGUUGCAAAAUUGUUUUAAGAAAAUGA